AUGGGUGUCCCGUGGGUGUAUAUGCUAGGCAGCGCGCCUAUAGGGCGUCUUCUUUCGUUUCAGCUAGCGAAAGCAGCCAGGCAGCCGGUGGUUCCGCAUGUGGUGGUGCUGCUGCAGGAUGCGAACAAGAUGGGCCGGUUUCUGGAGGGCCAGUCGCGGCUAGCAGUGCACGAGGGCGAUCAGGAGCGGCAGCAGCAGUUCAUGGCGUCGUGCAUGCCGCCAGUGACGUCGAGCGGAGAGAAGAUCGGGAUCGAGAACAUGGUGGUGGCGGAGACGGGCCAGCAGGCGUUUUCCGUAGGGCUGAAGAAGUACAAGGCGAGCCUGACAGCGGCGUCUGCGGUGGUGCUGGUGAACCCGCGGUUCGGGCUGGUGCACCACCUGUACAAGCACGUGUGGCCGGAGGCGGCGGAGCGACCGCGGCUGUACCUGGCGACGGGCGGGCAGCAGGAGGUGUGGCGGCGGGGCGAGUUCGGCGCGGAGCUGCGGGGCAGGCCGCCGGUGCGGCUGACGGUGAGUGCGGUGCCGCGGGAGCUGGAGCAGUACGAGCACGCGGGGGCGCGGCAGCGGCUGGAGGCGGAGGUCGCGUCGGUGGGGCUGCUGCAGAUGCUCGGGGACUGCUGCGACGACCCGGCGGCGCUCGUGCAGCCGGUGUUCGUGACGUUCGGGGCGCACAUGCUCGGGCGGCUUGAGCAGCUGCUGAUCGCGGCGGCGGUCGAGCCGGUGGCGGCGCUGUACGGCUGCAGCAGCUACGGCGAGCUGCUGGGCAUCAAGGAGGUGGACCGCGUGCUGCGAGCGCUGCUCGCCGAGGGCAUUCGCGUCAUCCGCGUCGCGUUCCCCUUCUUGCCGACGGUGGAGGGGCACGAGGCAGUGCUAAAUGUUGACGUUCUAUACAAGCAGCUGCUAACGGCGGUGCAGGCGAAGAGCGCUCGCCGGCCGCGGAUGGGGCAAUCGAUAGACGAGCUGAACAUCACCCCUGUCCGGACGACCUGCGGGUUUCUGACCGCGCUCGCAAGACAGCACAAGCUACAUGCGCCUUUGCAUUUCCUGAUAUCCUCGCUCGCGCGGGGGAAGGCCGAACUCAGGAAGAAUAGACUUUUCCAGCAGAUAGACCUCGAGCAGCUGGAUGCCGUGCGGUCCACGACUCCGAUCGCCAUCAAGGAGCAUCAGUCUGUGUGA